AGAUGGGUAAGUAAGUGCAUGAGACACAAGCGUCCCCCAUUAUAACUCAAGAAGACUAACAUGGAUUUCAGCGUUACCAUUCAAACUCCCCCGCCCACUCUCCAAUGCAUCCGUUAUACUCCUACAAUUAUUUAUACAUACAAAAUUACAAUUAAUUGUAUCCUACUCCUAAUUUAGAAUUCAAUCAUUCUUUUUUAAUUUUCUUUCUUUUUAUUACAUUUAAUUCACCUUCACAUUUUUAAAAUUUCCCUCUUUUUUUUUUUUUUUUUUUUUUUCUUUAUUGGUUUUUUUGAAAAAAAAAAAAUGACACAAAAUUACUUCAUAUAUAAACCAACAAAAACUACCCAUUUCACUCAUUUUUCACCAUCUUCUCUUCUUUUUUUUUUUUUUUGUUCAAUUCUCUCUCUUUCUAAAUACCCAAAUACUCUGUAAGCUUCAAUACUCUGUAUAUCUUAGAUCUAUCAAUUUUUAUUAAUUUUUUAUUUUCUUGUCAUUUUUUUUACUUUUUUUUUUUCCAGUAAUUAUAAACCCCACUUUUGCUAAUAUCGAUGAACAUUGCAUAUGAAUAAAUUGAUCAUCAAUCAAUCCCUUAACUUACCCAUCUCACCUUCAUAAUUUUCUCUCUGUUUUUUUUUUGUUCUUCCUUUUUUUUUUUAUUCAAAUUGAUUUUUUGUUUUUACCUAAUAUUCAGGGUUUGUAUUUUUCUUAUUUUGGAUUGAAACAGAGGUUGGUUGAUUGUGUAAUAAAUUGAAGUUUAUUGGGAUUUUUGUAAAUAAAAUCAAAGGAAAGUUAUAAUCUUUGGUGGGUUUGAGCAUGCAACAAAAAUGACAACUUCAACGUUGCAGAAGAAGCAGCAAAUUCAUGAAGAUAAUAAUAGUAUUUCAAAUACUUCUUCUAAGCCUAAAGAACGCCGUAUUGUCACUUGGACACAAGAGGAGGAUGAUAUAUUAAGGGAGCAAAUAAGCAUACAUGGGACUGAAAAUUGGACGAUUAUUGCAUCCAAAUUUAAGGAUAAAACGACGAGACAGUGUAGAAGAAGAUGGUAUACAUAUCUGAAUUCUGAUUUCAAAAAAGGGGGUUGGUCACCAGAAGAAGAUAUGUUGUUAUGCGAGGCUCAAAAGAUAUUUGGCAAUAGAUGGACUGAAAUAGCCAAGGUGGUCUCAGGGAGAACCGAUAAUGCUGUGAAGAACAGAUUCUCCACCUUGUGCAAGAAGAAAGCGAAACGUGAAGCCUUGGCUAAGGAGAACAGCAAUGCAGCUAUCAAUGUGAACAACAAGAGGAUUUUGAUUGAUAGUAAUGGGUUUCGUUUGCAAGCAGUGGAUGGUAUUGCAUCACCUCUUAAAAAAUUUAGGAGGGAACAUAUUCCAAAUCAGGCAGUUAAUUUCAACUCUGGAAACAUGUUGCUUAAGGAAUAUGGAUUAACAAGGCAGCAUCCGAGACCUCCAUUUGCAGUAUUGGCUCAAAACGUCCGCAAUGUUGAUAAAUCACUAGUUUCCACAACUAAGGAUGCUUUGAUCAAUGGUGACAAAAAAUUUGAUGGAACAUUUCUCCGAAAGGAUGAUCCUAAGGUAGCUGCAUUAAUGCAACAAGCCGAGCUACUUAGCUCUCUUGCGGUAAAAGUAAACAUGGAUAGCACCGAGCAAAAUCUUGAGAAUGCUUGGAAGGUGCUCCAAAAUUUCUUUGGUAGAAGCAAAGAGAAUGAGGAGCUUGGACACAAAAUAGAGGAAUCAGACCUGCAGCUUGAUGAUUUCAAAGCCUUGGUGGAGAGUUUGAGAAGUAGCAAUGAUGGCAUUCCACUAUCUCAGAGUCAGCAUGAGGUGUACGAGUCACCAAGCAGCUCCGAGUACAGUACAGGAUCAACAAACUUGUCUGCUUGUGAUCAAGGGGAACACUCUCAAGGUGAGAUAUCCACAAUGCAUGAGGAUAUCGUAGCAACUUCGCAGUCACUACAAAUAGCAGAUGACGGUUGUGUUGACAUGCCACAUAACAAGUUCCUGUCCUGUGCAACUGCAGAUCAAGAGUUUAAUUCACCAAUUCAAGUAACUCCUCUGUUCAGAACUCUAGCAUCUACAAUACCGAGCCCACAAUUUUCAGAAAGUGAGAGGCACUUUCUACUCAGAACACUGGGAAUCGAAUCUCCUACUCAGAGCACGAUCACCAAUCCUAUGCAACCACCACCUUGCAGAAAGGCGCUUCUGCAAGGCCUUUGAACAACAAAAAUUUUCCUGAUCCCAUCUUACAGAUAACAACUAUCUCAUAUACUGUUGCAUUUAUAAAGUCGAGGAUUAUUGUCAAUCUUAGCGGUUUUUUUCAGCAUUGCAGCCACAUAGGCCCGAAUUUUUUUUGAGAGGCUUUCUAAGAUCUGCAUCCAAGAUCCACAUUCCAGAAUGUCAAACAAGGCGACAUUCUUUCUCCAUCAGAUCAAACUAUGCGCGGUCUGCAUCCCCUUCAUUCUUUGUUUACUGAUUCGCCCUCAGGGUGCCUAAAGCUUAUCCUGGUGUGAAUUAAUUGUCUAUGAUGUGUGUGUCAUUCUUUUGUUUUUAUGGGGUUUCGAGUUAAGGGUAAUUCGAUCCCUCAGCCAGUAUUUGGCAUUUAUUCAUCUUUUGUACAGCAACCCUGCAACACAUAACCUUAGUUUAUCGGUAGAGUGUAUAAUCAUUUAUACUUGGGUAUCUCAUCGAUCCCAAAUAGAUAUAAGUAACAGGAAGAAAGAGUUAUGGAGGAUCUACCAAUGGAAUGGUAAUCCUUUUUGUUUUUCUUUUCUAUCUUGGUGUGAAGAUUGUAUAGAAUAAGCUUUUUGUUCGAGGUUUUCGAUCUUCCUCGCUGGAUGUAAUGUACUGUAAACUCAAGAUGAUUUGAGUUGGAAAAGAAAAAAAAAAAAAGUCUGAUUUGUGUGCA